AUGUCGUCCUUCCAGAGGUCAGGCAAGACUGCCCCGCGUCUUGUACAAGAUAUCCUUGACUAUGACUUCUUCAAUCCUCCAAGUACAGGCCGCAACCUUCUCUCCGACGUCCCACCGGUUUUCACUGAACGAUAUAGUGGGCCACCCGAGUAUAUUUCACCAUCAGCAUGUCGCCAUGGCUACGUGACCAAGCCGGGUCAAAGCUUUUUGCAACAGGGAGCCGGAUCCCCGCCAACAGUGUCCGCCAUGUGCUUGAAGUGUCGUUGUCACCUACAGGUUGUUGUGAGCCGUACAUCUGCUCUCGGUACUUCCGGCCAGGGUCUUGCAGAUCAUCUCCAUCAUUUGAUAUAUAAAUCAGGGAAGCACAGAGGUGGGACAUCUCCCGAAGAGAUUACUCCAAAAGGGCAGAUAGUAGAGACCUACCACUAUGAGUGUUCCUAUCUCAGCUGUUCCACCGGCAUACUUGUCCGAGUCGCUUCUCCUGUGCUCAACCAGGACAGUGUGCGACUGUUGACCGACCCGGAGUUACUGCGAGAGCGCGCGGAAGAGGCGAUAGCAAGCUAUCCUGAUCGUUUAGAAGGCGUUGCCUUACCCCUGCCAAUCAAUGUUCUGUUGAACUUGCGUGCAUACCUCUAUAACGCCCUCAAUAAUGGCCAGCAUAGCAAGUCGAUAUCGGCAGUCAACAAGAGAUUUAUGACUUGUUUCGGUGUUGAAGGAAUGCCUUGUAAAGAUCUGCUUGAAUUCCUGGAGUUUUCAGUUAAGAACGAAGGGUUCUGGGAACCUCCGCGACCCAGUCCUUGGACAGAAUUUCCCUACCGUGAUCAGCUGAAAAUUUUCCUCGAUGACACGAUUCACGAACUUACUGCACUUAUAGAACAGAGACCACUGGAGGAGAAGAAAGCUCAGCAAAUAGAAUUCAAGUUCAAUCCUGCUUCAAAUGACCUGCUUUCAGCUCUUGGGGCUCUUGACUACCCAAAAGCUUUGCGGUCGAACGAAUUCCAGAUGGCACCUGAACCGUACUAUGACGAUUUGGGUGCUGUUGAGGACAUGUCAUCAUCCUUAAUCAUAGACGCCUUCAACCGGCAAGUAUCGGUAGACCCAGCAAGAUCGUCUAUUUAUUUGGAGUGCCUCAAGUCGAUAGGAAACCUCCGAGGGGGAGAGGAUGGUGAUCUUAUCGAGCAGGCGGUCCAGGUAGCCUACGCAGAAGGCAAAUACACGAACGAAGACGUCGUUAAUGCCUACAGGUAUUUUGGGCUGAGCCACGACGAUACACGUCUUACCGAAGACAGCAUAAUCGGAAAGUUCUAUGCCUAUCUAAGCUCAACUAACCAGGAGCAUGAGACCCGUCAACAGCUUUGGAGGAUUGGAAAUAGUAGAAGGAGUGAGCGAAUCAAAUCGGCGGCCGAGGAUAGGGUGUCGACCGUAGAACAAGCUCAAGUCUUUCUCGGCGUCGGCGAUGAUACAAGCGACGACUUUAUUAUGGCAAUGUAUACUGCUAAGGUCAACGAUAGCCCAUCGACCCGAGAUCCCGCGCGACGAGCUGUUGAACUUAUAGCCGAAGCGCGAAAGUCAAGUGCAUUGAAACACUUUCUCAAAACUGGCGAAAUGACGGCGGGUGAGAUGGAUAUCGGAGAUGCCUAUCGUCUUCUGCAGAUACCCGAUCGCACCGUAGAUGAAGACGCAAUCAUGGCAGCCUACACCAUAUGUGUGGAUGAAGCCCCGGCACAGAUCGAUACCUACAACCAGGCAUUGCAGAUCAUUGCAAAGGAAAUGAACAACCCUCUAUUGAGCAAUGCAAUAUCUUGUUCGGCCGUGAGGUCAGACCGGGAUAUGUCCGAAUGGCCGUUCUAUUUCUCUGUGCGUCCAUUCCGCGAGAUGGUUCUAAACUUCGACGAUUUCAAGAUGGCCGUUGACGAUGAGAGCUUGAACAAAAAACAAGUGGGAUCCCGCAAAGUCGCCCAAAAAGAGGUUGAGCGAUCUCAAGAGUUCUUGAGGGAGCUGCGGGCCUUGUUCCACGACAUGAUUACUUCUCCGGAUCUCGACGUUCCUCCUGAAACGAAGUUAGCAAAACUAACCUUGUUUAGCCCUUCCAGCGAAGCCGCCAUACGUCGUCGCUCAACAAAAUCUGUAAACCGGCCCGUCGGUCUCGGUGAAAUUAACGGUCUGGCGAUCAUGGGCCCUCUUGGUCCGCCGCAGUCGACUUCAGACGGUGAGGUCAAAGACUUGAUGGCCAUUGAUACGGACACCACCCAACGCUCAGCAACAAGCGAUCUUGACAGCGAGGCCACUCUCGUUGAGGGCGCCAAGAAUGACGCCCCCGUUGCUCCGAGCGAGGACAAGGAAAAUGAGCCACCACUUGCCGAUGCAGUGAUGACGGACGCCCAGGGUGGAUCUGUCCCCGAACCACUUGAGCAUAGUCGCCCCAACCACACAGCCUCCACAAAGCAAGCCCCAUCACCUGCUAAACCCCCACCUGUGCCUCCUCGACCUACCCCCCAAGGUGAUCCACAAAGGCAGCAAGAACUAGACGAAGUCGCGAUAGGAGCACAGCAAGAUGUAACGGAAGUAAUCAACAACUUACUUUUCCAAAGCCAAUGUGCUAUUCGGCCAAGCUCGAUCGCUGCAGAUGGGGAGCAGAUUGAUCGAGUCAAGGAUUUGUUCUACGGAAAAGCCAAGUCUUAUAUCCUGUCGAAGGAAGGCACGCGGUCCAAGGAAGAGUGGUGGUGUGAUAUCAAGGUCGACGUUGCAACUGGGCCUCGCGAUAUUUACACAGCCAUUGAUGGUGCCUUUGACGUCCAGAAGGUUCAUGUCGGCAACUCUGUGGCAGAACAAUUCGGUGCCAUAAGCAAGCUACCACCUGUGCUUCAGAUCCAAGUUCAGCGGGUGCAGUUUGACCCUGUGACGAAGAGCCAGUUCAAAUCAACGCAUCACUUAGAACUGAAAGAAACUAUCUACCUCGAUCGCUAUAUGGACACACAACAGCCAGAAAUCUUGAAUAGGCGGCGCCAGUGCUGGGAAUGGAAGGACAAGUUGAGGAUGCUUGAAGCUCGUCGGACGGAAUUGUUACAACCUCCUAAAGUGCGCAACCUAGACAUAUCGGCAUUGAUGGAUGGCGCCCACGAUGUGCUUGAGGAUUUGAAUUCCUUGAAGGAGAAUCUCGACACUGCGGAGGCUUCUAUCGAUAUCCACCCAGAGUUGGUCCGUGGACUUGGCCAACUAUCCGAGAUAGCGAGAUCUGAGCUGAACAGUAUCGACCAAGAGAUUAAAAAUACACAAACCAUGAUCUCCAGUCAGUUUGCUGACUACAGGUUUCUGCCUUAUCGCAUCUACGCCGUCUUCGUGCACCGUGGGAGCGUAGAGGUCGGCCAUUACUACAUCUACAUUCGCGACUUCGAGCGAAAUAUCUGGCGCAAGUACAAUGACAGCUACGUGACCGAGGUGCAUGACCUGGAUGAGAUCUUCUCUAACCCGGGCGGCAAGGAUCCGCCCACACCUUACUUCGUUGUAUAUGUCAACGACGACAAAAAGGACCGUCUCGUCAAUCCGUUGCGCCGACAGGUGGCCCAGAACACUUCCCUGCCUCAUACGCUGACGGAAGGGACCACUGCACCGGCAGGAACAGAAGAUGCGGACGUGAAGCCCCCAACAUAUGAUGAGGCAUGUGCCGACAAGGGUGCAUCAGGUAUGGGAGAUCAACUCCAUGUAGAAAAUCAAGAGACGAACGGCGGCAAGGCAGCCAAACAAUGGGCGUCAAGCAGAGAAACUAACUCCAAGGACGUGCAUUGGUAG